AUGUUGUCCCGAGUGGCGCGACAGAAAAAUGCGCUCUUCCAUCUGCGCAAGGCAAAUGCCUCUCGCACCUUGGCCGCUUCCUCACCCAUGCGCCUGCAGUCAAGUUCUCGUCGCCUGACAACGAUUCCACCCUCACAAUGUCUUCCGUCGCAGAUUCGGCCUCGGAGAUCAUCCUUUCAGUCACAACGCCACCUCGCUACUGCUGUUGAUCAAUCUGUCCUCGAGGGUGGAUCCUACAUGUCUCUGGACGAAUCUUCGUACACUUCAAACAUCGCAAAUCAAGGCUCUUUACACGAUCACUUCGACACGUCAUCGUUGAUCGUCCUUAACGAGACACCGCAGACCCAACCCAAAAUCUUGAGAAAAAUCCGGGGAAUCGGUGGUGACGAGGAUGAGAUGUUGGCCAACUUCAACAUGUCCCUGCGCGUGGGUCGGUUCGACCGCGCAGCGGCUUUGAUUAGCCGCCUGAAGACAUAUUAUGCUGUUGAUUCUGCGGAGUUCUUGGCCUUGCAUAAUCAUUAUCUCAAGGCAAUGGUUGCGCACAUGAUCUACACUAGACAGUCAGACAUGGUUUUGCCGCUGCAAAAAUGGUUUGAAGUUGAUAUGCCGGCCGGAGGUGUCAAUCCAGAUGCCACUACCUUUGCGGUCAUGAUUCGAAUGUCACUGCGCAUGCUACACGGAUCUAAGCGGGAUCGGUCCGUGCGUCGAUAUUGGGGCCUCGCUAAGAAUGCAGGUCUCCAUGAAGAUAUGUUGGCCAGUGAGGUCUUGACUGAUCUUGACCUGGGUGAACUAUCCAAAAUUUGUUAUUCCGACCUAUCCACGCCGAUCAUGUCCAACGAAGUCGAUGAGCCCCUACCGGAUCAGCACACGCAACAGCUCGAUGACGUUCCCGAGGUCCUCGCUGCAGAUCAAAAGGGUCUCGGCCUCAGCUCCUUGAAAGAAUCAUUGUCACUCUUCUCUGACGACGUCCACAUCUCGUUGCCGGAGGGUUUCAAGGGGACCGAGCAAGAGAAAAGAGAGCUGUACGCCCAAUUACGACAGCAGCGAUUGGAGUCGGAUACCAUGAAGACAGCGUCAAAGCGUUGGCGCACCGAGUUCGAAGACCGAGUCAAGGCAGGCGUCGAUGUGGCUUCGGGCAAGUCGAGACUCAAGGCAGUGAUGAGCCAAUGGCAUUCAGACCUGUCUAGCGCGAUCAAGACAGAAAUCAAACUCGCACAAGAAGCCGAGACUCAGCCCAUGCGAACUGAGGAACAAAAGGCUCGGUGUGAGUACGGUGUUUACUUGCAGUCUCUGGACUCGGAUCGCUUGGCUGCAGUAACGGUACUUUCGGUCAUGGAUGUCUUCACCCGAAAUGGAAUGCAGAAAGGCACGAAGGUUUCCACUGUUGCUGCGUCGAUCGGAAAAGGUGUUCAAGAUGAAUUGAUUGCAGAGGCAUAUCUCGAGAAGCAUUCAUCGGGUGAUACCAGGCGCACCAAGAUGGUGAAGGAGAUGCUUGCUGAUCGCAGAAGCAAAGACGGCCUCCUGCAGUGGAAAGCCAUUUCUGAAAAUCUGCAGAAAGAGCAUGAGGAGUUCGCAUGGACCCCACGAGUUACUGUCAGGAUUGGAGCUGUGCUAAUGGGUCUGCUUUUCGACGUCGCCAAGGCUCCCGUGAAAAGCACAGAUCCAACAACUGGCAGGGUGACUACAUCUAUGCAUCCUGCGUUUUUGCACGCCUACGAGAUGAAUUUUGGUAAACGCCUGGGCUUGUUCCACAUGAAUCAGGAAAUCAUCGACAUCAUUAGCAGGGAACCCCCAGCGGAUUUGCUCGGUCGCCAUCUUCCGAUGAUUUGCAAACCUCAACCGUGGACAGGGUCCAAGAAAGGCGGAUAUCGCCUCUAUCAGAGCAACAUCGUUCGGUCGACGCCUGGUGAGACCUUGCAACCAGCCUACGUCAAGGCCGCACUGGAGAAUGGCGGCUUAAAGGAUAUCCGCAAAGGCCUCGAUGUGCUCGGAAACACCGGCUGGGUGAUCAAUCCAGACGUCUUCAACGUCAUGCUCGAGGCUUGGAACUCCGGCGAGAGCAUCGCCAGUCUCGCGCCACUCGAUCCGGAUCUGCCCAUUCCUCCCAAGCCGGAAGCAGACGCAGGCUUCGCUGCUGAGCGCGACUGGCAGCUGCAGAUGCGUGACAUUGAAAAUCUUCGGUCAGGCUAUCACUCAAUGCGGUGCUUCCAAAAUUUCCAGCUGGAAGUCGCACGUGCUUUCCGUAACGAAACGUUCUACUUGCCCCAUAACAUUGACUUCCGUGGUCGAGCCUAUCCUCUCCCGCCUUAUCUGAAUCAGAUGGGCGCUGAUAAUGCCCGUGGUUUGCUACUUUUCAGCGAAGCAAAGCCCCUCGGUGAGGGCGGUUUGCGUUGGCUGAAGAUCCAGAUUGCCAACCUCGCAGGCUUUGACAAGGCCAGCAUGUCUGAGCGUGAGCAGUACGCAAUGGAUCAUCUUGACGACAUCUUGGACUCCGCGAACAAAGGUCUCCAUGGUAAACGCUGGUGGCUGAAGGCCGAAGAUCCCUGGCAAUGUCUUGCUGCCUGUUGCGAGCUUCGAAAUGCUUUGGCACUUCCUGACCCGACUCAGUACGCUUCUCGUUUGCCCAUUCACCAGGAUGGUUCUUGCAACGGACUUCAACACUAUGCUGCUCUUGGUGGAGAUCUCGUUGGCGCACAACAAGUCAAUCUAGAGCCAUCUGAUAGACCCUCUGAUGUUUACACUGGUGUCUCGGAGUUUGUCAAAAAGUCUGUGGCGAAGGAUGCUGCGGAGGGUCAUCAGGUCGCCAAAUUGUUGGACGGUCGUAUCACCCGAAAGGUCGUGAAGCAGACAGUCAUGACCAACGUUUAUGGUGUGACGUUCAUGGGUGCAAUGCGCCAAGUUCGCCGCCAACUCAAUGAUCAUUUCCCUGAUCUUUCGAGUGAGAUGAAAAAAGAUGGUGCGCUUUAUAUUGCGCGAAAGAUCUUCGAGGCCCUGGGUUCCAUGUUCAAUGGUGCCCAUGAGAUCCAGUAUUGGCUUGGUGAUUGUGCCACGCGCAUCACGCAGUCCUUGACUCCCGAUCAGAUUGAAGCUAUGUCAAACGAAGCCUUAUCUCCCUCCCAGUCAGCAGACAAGAGUGCCAAGGCCAAGAUUGAUCCCUCGAAGAAGUUCCAAUCCACUGUCAUCUGGACGACUCCCCUGGGCUUGCCCGUCGUGCAGCCAUAUCGCACUCGCAAAGCCCGUCGCGUGGUGACCUCCCUCCAAACGGUCAGCAUCGUUGACCCCAGCGCCGAAGAUGUGGUCUCUCGCCGAAAGCAACUGCAGGCCUUCCCUCCCAAUUUCAUCCAUUCUCUCGAUGCUACCCACAUGAUCAUGUCCGCGAACGCCUGCCACGAUGCCGGUCUGACUUUCUCCGCUGUUCAUGAUUCCUUCUGGACCCACGCCAGCGAUGUGGACUCAAUGAAUUCUAUUCUUCGUGAUGCGUUCGUGCACAUGCACUCGGAUGACAUCGUUGGACGCCUCGCUUCCGAGUUCAAUGUUCGCUAUGGCAAGAACAUCUUCCUUGCAAAGAUUGACGCCAACAGCGAAAUCGGUCGGGCACUUCGAAAAAGCCGCAAGGCCAAUGUGCGCAACGCCAAGCUCGUUGAGUUGAUCGACGAGCAUCGUCGACAGACGCUCCUGCGAUCAGAUGACCCCGCUGAUCAGGCUGAGGGUAGGGCUAUGGAAACUCCAGCUGCCAUUUUCGAGAAGAUGGGUGGUACGGACGACCUUCUGGCCAUGGCUAGCACCCUUGGUGAGACCACCGUUGGUCACGUUCCCGAAGAUUUGGCUGCCGCUGAGAGGGGACCCUCCUCCAACGUGGACACCAGUGACCCAGCCAUUCAGAGCUUGUUCACUGAGAUUGAGAUGAUGGAUUCCCAGUCUUCCGCCGCCGAUGCGGAAGCGGAAGACGGUAUGGCGGCUGAAGAGACAGCUGGCGAAGACAAAAAACCAUCCAAGCAGCGCAAGAGACAAAAGCCCCAGACCUGGCUCUGGCUCCCUCUGCGAUUCCGCCCCGUCCCAACCAAGGGCUCCUGGGACCUCAGCCGGAUUCGCGAUUCACAGUAUUUCUUCUCUUGA